AUGACGUCGAUAAUCAAGCUUCUGGAUGCAGCGAGCCGCUGGCUCCAGCCGGGGGUGCGCUCGGCGGAGGAAGUCGUCGGGCAGGUGGCGCUGGAGCAGUUAAUCGCCGGCCUGCCAUCUUCAACGGCGAAUUGGAGGAGCCCCGACCACCGGCCGUCUCAGCGGGCAGACCCAUCCCAGCCCCGAGGAGGAGAUUUCCUGGAGCAGCUGCCCUUCCUCCACCACCACCACACGGCCCCAACCCCGCAGCCCCGACACUUCCCCCGCAAGCCCUACCUUACCCUCCUGUUUUUAUCUCUCCCCAGGGUCCGGCCUACGCUUCUGGUCGUCCGGCACCACGGGGGACUCCUCAGACGCCAGGGCUGGAUUGCUGGCGGUGCGGGCAGCCCGGCCACGUCCGACUGGAGUGUCCUCUCAUGGAGGUCGGACAGCUGGUCCGGGUUGCAGGACCGCCAGUUGCCUCCCCCGAUUUGGAAGGGACGUACCGUAUACCGAGAUCCAGCCUCAUCCAACGAACGGCGCGUAGCAGAGGUGUUCUGCUCCAACAAGACCGACGCCUCGAACAGUGGGGUGGGGGCCGUUUUGUCCCAGCAGGUAGAGGGGGUCGACCGCCCCGUACUGUACAUUAGCCGUAAGCUCGCCCAGAGGGAGGUGAACUACAGUACAGUGGAAAAGGAGUGCCUCGCCAUACGGUGGGCGGUCGGCGCCCUGCGGUACUACCUCCUGGGGCGCCCUUUCACCCUCUGGUCGGACCAUGCCCCGCUCCAGUGGCUCCACCGCAUUAAGGAUGCCAACGCCUGGAUCACUCGGUGGUAUCUGGCGCUACAGCCUUUCAACUUCAAGGUGAUCCACAGGCCGGGUAACCGGAUGGUGGUGGCUGAUUUCCUCUCUCGCUCGGCGGAGGGGGGGGAGUCAGCUUGCGGCCGGCGGGAUCCCGGCCUGAGUCGGGCAGUGGGGGUAUGUGGCAGCGGGGUGUGGUUAGGGCGCCGGCUGCUGGUGUGAAGGGAGUGGCUCGGCCGGAGGCCAGACAGCUGAUCGGAAUCAGGUACAGAUUUUCGAAGAUUUCCGUUUUGCUGCAACUGGAUGAAGUGGACUUAUUCAGGCAGAGUUCCAGAGAAUUGUCACUACGGACCUGCUUUCAUCGUUUCUGGAUGGACUUGAUGGCCUGGCCCCAACAUUGCUGGAGGUCUACAAAGGUGCAUCCAGGACUGGAAAGAAGCCGACAUUAAAAGGCCUUUUGGACUGCCUUGAGAAAGAUGACACAAAUGAGAGGAGGAGGACUGCUGCUCUCUUGGGACUAUCGCACUACAUGUCUGGCGAAAAUCAGGCAAAUGUCAUCAGGAUGUGUGAUGCUCAUGGAGACACUCUCGAGGAAGCCAUGAAGGGGAUGCAAGUUGGUCUACUCAUAGGCUACGAAGGUGAACGGGACGCCUUUCCUCAGCAGAUAUUCAAUGUGGCAGUUGUGGUCGAGGAGACAAUUGUGCUCCACAACCUGAAAGAUGUGGCUUGCGGCUUUGCGAUGCUUCUUGAACUAAUAUAUUGCUUAAAUCUUCAGUAUCCUCUGGAAAUGAAAUAUUCAUUUGAGUUUCUCCAGAGGGUUGUUAUGAAGAUACAGCCAGACCAAGCCUCUGCCAAAAUACAUGGACUAAAAAACAAACUAGGUAGGAGGUAGAUCAUCAAAGAGUGUAGAAAGUGAGUUCAAUUUGGUGUUGUUCAUCAAUUUGGUGUUGUUCAAGUAUUUUGUGCCUCUACAGUGACAUGUUUUAAAAAUAAAUAAAAAUGUUUUAGGUUAGUGAGAAUUCCAUUUAUGUUGGAAGUGUCACGAAGAAACUUGCAUUUUAAGAGGACAUUUAAUGUUCAUUUCAGUAUUUACUAGUGUCUUGAAAGAGUCCUCUCCUCCUGUUCAAAAAGCUCUAUUUGUUUCGUACUGUUUGUGCUUCACCCUCUGUCCUAUU